GAAGCGAGUGGCUUCAUCAGCAAUGGAGGCUCCCCAACUAAGUCAACCAAGUGACACAGUUGAAGGUGCCGUCGACUACAAAGGUGACCCGGCGAUUCGAUCAGAGACAGGCAGAUGGAGAUCUUCUGGUUUCAUAAUUGGAGUGGAGAUAGCAGAGAGGUUUUCGUAUUGUGGAAUUGCUGCCAACCUUAUAACCUACUUGACUGGUCCACUAAAGCAGUCUACGGUGACUGCCGCCGUGAAUGUCACCACCUGGUCAGGGGUGGCUUCCAUGCUCCCUCUUUUGGGUGCUUCUGUUGCCGAUGGUUAUCUUGGGCGAUACCGUACUAUAAUCUUCGCUUCUCUCCUCUAUAUUUUGGGAUUGGGGCUAUUAACAUUAUCAGCAAUGAUUCCUUCUUUCACUCCAUCUACUUGCCAAAACAACAUGAUUUCUUGUUAUCCUCCUCAAUAUCAAAUCAUACUCUUCUUCUGCUCUUUAUAUUUGGUGGCACUUGCACAAGGUGGGCACAAGCCAUGUGUACAAGCUUUUGGUGCAGAUCAAUUUGAUGGGCAACAUCCAGAGGAAAUCAAGUCUAGGAGUUCUUUCUUUAACUGGUGGUAUUUUGGAAUGUGUGGGGGUAUUGUGUUCUCAAACUUGAUCUUAACAUAUGUUCAGGACAACUUGAAUUGGGGUCUUGGAUUUGGAAUUCCAUGUAUUUGCAUGAUAAUUGCAAUUGUAGUUUUCUUGCUUGGAACCAAGACUUAUCGCUACAGUUUCAAUGUUGAUAAUGAUAAUCCAUUUAGAAGAAUUGGACAAGUGUUUGUUGCAGCAGUAAGGAAUCGGCGAGCCAGUACUCCACAAGCAGCCACUGUUAAUGAGGAAGGUGGUGGAGCUCUUCGUGGGGCUCUUCUCAUACAUGGUGCUAACCAAUUUAGGUUUCUUGACAAGGCAUUGGCUACUGGACCCGAGAAUUCCAAGGAAGGUUCGCCAGUAUGUAGUGUCAAUCAGGUGGAAGAAGUGAAGGCAUUACUUAGGGUGGUUCCUAUAUGGGCUGCAUGUAUAUUAUUUGCAGUUGUUGAUGCACAGUCCUCCACAUUCUUCACCAAGCAAGGGGCCACCAUGGACAGAUCAAUAGGGUCAAGGUUCAAGAUACCACCUGCUUCCCUUCAAACAUUUAUUAAUCUCUCCAUCGUUAUUUUCAUGCCCAUCUAUGAUCGUGUCCUCAUGCGGAUUGCCCGAGCUCUUACCAGGAAACCCUCUGGCUUAACAACACUACAAAGAAUAGGCACUGGAUUAGUUAUAUCUAUGAUCGCCAUGGUGGUAGCAACAUUAGUUGAGAGGAAAAGGAUUCAAACUGCCAUUGAUGCCAAGAUAGUCGAUAUACCAAAAGCAAUAGUUCCUAUGAGUAUUUGGUGGUUGGCUCCUCAAUACAUCUUGUUUGGAAUUGCUGAUUGCUUCACAAGGGUUGGUCUGCAAGAAUUUUUCUAUGAUCAGAUGCCCAAAGCUUUGAGGAGUGUCGGUCUUGCCCUUUACCUCAGCAUCUUUGGUGUAGGAAGCUUUCUAAGUAGCUUCCUUGUCUCUAUCAUUGAUAAGUUAACGAGUGAGCAUGGCCAUGAAAGUUGGUUCCCAAACAAUCUUUAUAGAGCUCAUCUUGAUUACUUCUACUCUCUUCUUGUUGGUCUAAGUGCUCUUUGGUUUCUUUUUUAUUUGUAUUUUGCCAAAUCUUAUGUUUAUAAUAGGGAAUAUAAUACAUAA